AUGAAUAGAGCAAAUGGACGAGAUAACAAUCAAUGUUUUGGAAGUUCGACAGGAAAGCCAUUAUCUGAGGACACCUACGAUGAGACCCUUAGACCACAACUACACCACACUCCUUCUGAGAAUUUCAUGAAUGAUCCCAAUGGUUUGGUCUACGCCAACGACGUCUAUCAUCUGUACCAUCAAUGGAAUGAUAAAGAUAAUAUACCAGGAUAUCAAAAUUGGGGGCAUGCUACGAGCGAAGACCUCGUACAUUGGCAAUUGCAUCCUCCUGCUAUCACACCAGACAGUGAUGAUGGACCUUUCAUCAUAUCAGGAAGUGCAGUCGUUGAUGAACAUAAUACGUCUGACCUAUUCAACGAAUCGACGACACCUUCAAACAGAGGCGUCGUUACAGACACAAAGCAUUGCUCACUCAACAGAUGGAGGUUUAGAGAUCCAAAGGCAUUCUGGUAUGAACAAGACUCUAAGUGGGUAAUGCUAGUUGCUUUGGCUUCUCAACACCAGAUGAUUAUUUACGAAUCGAGAAACCUGAUAGACUGGUUUGAGACAUCUAGGUUCGGAAACGCCGGUCAACCAGGUUAUGAAUACGAGUGUCCAGACCUUUUCCCACUCGAGGUAGAAGAUACCGAUGAGGUCAGAUGGGUUUUAAUAACAUAUGUAAACCCAGGUGCUAUUCGCGGUGGUGGAUCAGGUACUAGCUACUUUAUUGGCGAUUUCGACGGCAAAACAUUUACACCGAUCGAUACAUCAAUCAGAGAAAUGGACUUCGGCUAUGACGAUUAUGCAGGUGUUACUUUCAAUAAUGUACCAGAUGGUCGUAGACUAUGGAUUGGAUGGGCUAGCAAUUGGCUCUACACUGGUGUCGUUCCAACAGAGCCGUGGAGAUCAUCUCUGACACUCGUUCAUGAAUUGUCACUCACGCGAGCCAAUAUAACUGACCAGCAUCAGUCUUUAACACUCAGGCAUAAACCAGUUGAUCUUUCAAGUCUCAUCUCCGAUACUGUCAAAGAAACAAAUUCCCCAAUGAAACCUGACUCGAUUGAUUUUCCAACAGAUGGUGCAGUCGACAUGUCGAUCGAUGUUGCAUUUUCAUCGGAUACAGAGUCAUCAGAAUUGUCAAAGUCAGCAUCGCGUAUCACGAUCGAAAGUGAGGAUGGUGUAAACUCCAUUGAGUUUGGUGUUCAAUUUGCCGAUCAUAUCGUUUACAUUAACAGAGCUAACUCUGGUUGGUCUUCGCCAACAUUUGGUUCUCUCGGUGCAACUUCUAGUAAUAUCCCAAAUAACAACAAAGUUAAACUAAGAGCAGUAAUUGAUCGCUCCCAAAUUGAAUUAUUCGUCCAGGACCGUAUACACUUCGCUUCAAUGGUCUUUUUUUUCCAAGAAGGUCGUGUACCUGCACGCCUACGCUACGAGAAUGAUGAAGGAGUCAUGAUCGAUCAUCUCAAGUUAGAUGCUUUGAAGAGUAUUUGGGAAUGUUGA